CGUGGAAGGCGACAUAUAGUUGCAUGAUGAUGACGUCAAUGUAUGUUUGUAGUUUAGCUGAUAAGCUAACGGUAGAAAUAACUCAGACGCACCUUUUACAUUACGUUUACUUUCGAAUAAUUUAGCAUUUGUGGUCGCCCGUUGAGUGUUAAAACGGUGCUUAUUUUGGGGUCUUCAACUAACUUAUUGUAAGGAGGAAUUGUUCAAACAAACGGUAUCUUAACACAGUACCAGUGUGAGCGACCAUGGAUCAUUAUGAGAAGGCUGUAAUGCAUCUGAAGCAACGAAUGGAGGACAUAAGUCUAAGACCUGUUGACAAAAUCAACCUGCUGAAAGAUAAUAUUAAGCAGUUUCUGAACAUGGCAGCAGCCCAGAAGGACGGUGUUAUGUUAACCAGAGUCAAGUCCCUUUUGUAUCAGCAUGGCAUCCUCAGCCACUGUGUCACCCUUCUCACUUUGGGCCCUCAAAGACUUCAAAGCAACUGGAGUGGCGUCGUUAAGCUUGGCUCGCUCACAAGUACCUGUUGUGUGGGGGCGGUGGUUGGUGAACUCUCGGAGACCUUUCAUAUGCUGUUCCUCCCAUCAGUCAUUGAUGGGCUUCUUUCAUUAGCCAGUCAUCUUGCUCUACGAACAGAGUGCAUGCCUCUUUUCAAGAAGGUGAUGGACUCAGUCAGCCUGCUUCUGCAAGCUCAUGUUCAGCUUACCACGCAAGUUCUCAGCUCUUCACACUACGAACUUAUUCAGGGCACUGACGACGACGCCAUGGCACUAAUUUGUGUCCAGAUGUGGACUGAUUCAUGUACAGCUAGCAGUGACUUCCUCACCAGUUUGAGCGAUGACGCCAUCUCGCUGCUUCUCAAUGAGGCUGUUGGCCAAUUAGCUGUGACCUCCGAUGCAGCAGUGGGCGGAGCAUCUGUCAGACUGGUCCUCCAUAUGGCCAAACAACUGCCACUCCAGCCCUUUUUUUCCAACUUCAAAGGUUUAGACAGCCUAUUGGACAAAGACUGGCGGGGACGUGGCUUUGACCAGGAAGUAGAUCAGCUGAUCUCACUCAUUCAGUCUUGGGAAAGCACUCCCUCUGUCGACCGUGUGAAAGCAGCUUGUGUGAUUCAGGCGGCCUGGAAAUCGUAUCUGACCAGACGUAGAGUGAAAAGUCUCCGAGGGGUUGUUCUAAUGCUGCAGCAUCGCUUCAGGGCUCGCAGAAGGCAACAGCAACAGAGGGAGAAUGCACAGCGGUGGCAAGAGGAGUUGAAUUUUCAGGUCUGUUUACAACGUCAACAAGCUAGGAGAAAGUUCCACCAGAAACAGAGAGAACUGCUGCAGCUUCUGCCUGCUGACCAGGUGCUGCCAUACUUGCAAGAAUGUGAGGUCCGUGCAGCCGUGGUGAUCCAGAGCGCUUGGAGAGGAUUUCUAGCCAGACGACGCGUUGACUCGCUGCGACCUGGGCUGAGAAUUGAACAUGCUCAGCAGCAUGCUGCCAGGAAGCUUCAGAAAGCUGUCCGUCGCUUUCUCGAAAAACGUCGUACAGCCAAGGUUUUGGCCUCUGAACUUUGUUGGAUUGGCCAGAAGGGUUUGACGGACAGCCGGAGGUCACUGUUGAAGAGACAGGUGGACGAAUACAUCAGUCUGCAUCCUUCAAGUGGGGUGAGUCAGCAGCAGUGUGAACAACUCCAUGUCGACGUACAAUGGCGGUUGCAAGCGCUUCUGCGACAGGCAGUACGACAGAAGAUGGAGGAGCAUAAAGUGGCAUCUCUGUUGGCUCACACUCACACUCAGCUGGAUCUACUCAAAGAUGCCCCGCCCCUCUCAGCAGUCUCAGCGACAGAUAUCAAGUCCUUCCUGUGCCCAUCUGGGACUGUUGCCACUCGGGCCCGUGACGCCCACAACGCCAGGCUACAGGCCAACAGGCUGCCGUGGUGGCGGACUUUAGGGGAGACUAGUGUAGGACUCAGACCAAAGGAGGAGACGGACCUUGAGGUUGUGGACAGCUGCUGGUAAACUGCCAUAUUAUACUAUGACAGUUGUUAUGUAUGUACUGUAUGUAUGUAUUUUGUCAGAUGACAUUGUUCACGUAAAGUAUGUGUGAGAGAAUUUUGGUUACGUGUGAGGUAUUUUUACAUGUGUUGGGAGUAUUUCACUUAUGUGUGAAAGUGUUUUUGUUUAUAGGAAUAAAAAAAAUGUUUUGUAACAAAUUCCCAGUAAAAUAAGCAGGCCAUGAACAUUUUGUUUGCAAGAAAUUUUAUGAUUUCAUGUCUUCAAUAUUUACACUCAGUGGUGGUUCAGACACUUGUCAAAAUCACGUCACUACUUGCGUGUCUGUCCAUCUUUGUUGAUGACGUUCUUGAGGAGUGUGACCAGGGGUUUCUGCUUGGUCUCGUCCCAACUCUUCAUGAAGCCGCCGUAGCGUUUACUGGCGGGCGGGCUGCUCCAGCGAAAGUGCUUCAUCUUGUAGCCGUCUUUCUUCUGAACACCAUCCUCCGCCAUCACCAAAUCUUCGUCCGCACCAGCCGGCAGCUCGUUGGUUAAAUCACGCUUCAUCUCCCCUGGGAAGACUUCACUCGACUCCUCUGCUGCACCAUUGGAUGUGUACACUUUAAUGGGACGGCGUUUUCGGCCUACGGGCUUCCCCCAGCGAAAAUGCUCCAUGGAGUAGGAGCGCUUGGCGGGGGGUGAGGGGUCAGAAUCGGGCACAAGGGGAGGCUGGAGUGGAGCACUGUUGGGGUCACUGAGGUCAGCGUGACAGAGCUGCAGACACUCCUGAUGUGAAGGGACCAAGUCACCAAUGAGUUUGGUUGCACUGUGGCAGCAUGACUUACAAGGGAAGGCGACACUUGUGUUUUACCAUCAUGCUCGUUGAGUCCAACUCCUGACAGGCCACAUGUUCCCAACACUGACUGACUGCUCCUCUGGCUAUGCCAACAAGCACCGCGGUCACCAACAGCCAUGCUCGACACAUCCUGUCAAUUGGGCCCACACAUAAAUCUCUGUAUUAACAAAAAUGAUUAAAAAUAUGAUUUAAAAAAAACAAAACAGUGCUCUCAAUUUUUUUUCCUAUUGAAAUAAAUGGAAAUCCCAAAUUUUUCUGGCAUACACAGGCUGUUUUUGCUGCAAAUUUCCCAUCAAUUCAAUGGACAUUUUAUGCCCACCUGGGGGCAUAGAAUACAAAUCUACCUAUAGAAACAGGAAACAUCACAAGUCCUCAACAGUAUAUUUUUUGCUCUUUGCAGAGGAUAAAUAAUGUACAACUUGAGUAUUGUAGUACUACCCGUCUGUGUGUGUGUGUGUGUGUGUGUGUGUGUGUGUGGGCCUCACUGCUCCUGUUUAAAUAUCGGUCACUUUAAGGGUUAAAACAAGAUCUCAAUUGCGGGUGACUACCUGUUUUCCCCUGAGGUUAAAAAAAAAAAAGCUCCCUUUGCGAAGAAAAAAAAGUAAAAUGCACAAGUAUUAGUUUCCAAUGGGAAAAAGUAAAAGUAGUAAGAAGUAAUAAAGACGUUUGGUAAAAUGAUAGACAGGCCUAUAC